GACGUAUGCCUGGUUUGGAAGCCCCUUGUCCCAAAAUGUACCUGUGUGUCUUAUAAGUACAGAGGUGUGCCUGUCCGCUCUGAGUUCAUGCCACCGUCGAUCAUCUUACCGCCCUUUCCAUUGAACAGACAGGAAAGUCUACGAUGACUUCAAUCACCGCGCCCCUGCAGCAAAUCCACAUUGGGUUGAGCCCUCAUGGCUAUGAGCCUGUGGCGCAAUACGAGACCCAGAGUACCACCUACGCGGAAGAGCAUGACAAGCUAGAAGCCAGUCUCCUGGACAGAUGCCCUGCCCAUUUGUGGCCCCAUGACUCCUAUACAACGGCUUGUCCUCGACCAAUCCUGAUCAGCAAGCAUCACCAGCAGCAGUUACAAGACCUUCAAGAAGCAUUGACGUCUGCCAUCACUGACAUUGUUCAGCGAUGGUGGACUGACAGGGACGCGCGAUUCCCGGCGCGCAUGCCUCUAGAGGAGAGAGAAGAGGAGCUCCUACGGUGGUUAGAAGACCAAGUCUCGUGUGGAAAUCUGAAAAAGUUCACGGAGUGCUUGGGUUCAUGGAGGCCUGACUUUUUGGUCGAGGACAGUGAGGACGGCGCCAUUGUGGAGAAUUUCCGCAUCACCGAAAUCAACGCCCGCUUCUCAUUCAACGGGUUCAUGCACCAGGCCUACGGGCAGCAAGCUCUGGAUGAUGUAGGCGUGGGUGCCAACCUGGCCAAUGCAACAGAUUCAGAAAAGCUCCUUGAAGGUCUAUUCACUCUCUUUGAUCCGAGCAUGCCGUUGUUUCUUCUCAAGGGCGAGGAACGUGGGAUCGACAUCCACAUGUUCAUAGACGUCGUUCGACGUCGCCUGGGAGUCACGCCGAAGCUCAUAACCCCAACAGAGCUCAGAUUAAUCCCUGACCCUCAAAGUAAGAGCAAGUUCCGGCUGUUCGCUAUCGUCAAGAAUAAUGGUGGCCUGACUCCUCUCACUUCUGCCUUCAUGACUAGUGAGGGAGAAGUCGUGGAAGAGAUCCACCAAGUCGGUCUUGAGUUGCAUCAGCGUGAGUUGCUCGCAUUGGCCCCGGAGAUGCUGCGCCAGAUUAGUCUCCGCUGUUUCAACGACAUGCGUACUAUUCUAUUGGUCCACGACAAGCGCAUGCUCGGUAUUGUGAAGCAGGAACUUCAGUCACUGGUUACACGUGAAGUGCUCACCUUGGCACAGGCAGAGGCUCUUGACAGAGGAAUUGUGGACACGAUACUUCCUGCUUCACAAGAGCUACAGCAAUUCGUCAGAGACUCAAAGGACUGCCCCGAGUUGAAGAACAAGUACAUCUUGAAACCGAUUCGUGGCGGUAAAGGGGCUGGAAUUCUAUUCGGUGAUGAAUUAAGUACGGAUGAGUGGGUGCGUGCUUUGGAUGGUCUUCGAGUGCCUGGUGUGGUCUCUGCUACGACCUGCGUGGUGCAACGCCUCAUUGUACCGCGGUUGUACGAUGUUGUGUUGAAGGCGUCAGGGGAUAGGACGCGGUAUGCAAUUGUUGGCACAUAUCAUGUCGUCGGUGGAAAGCUUCUAGGCUUGGGUAUAUGGCGUAGUAGCGGCGGUCGAAUCUGCGCUGUCAGCACUGGGGGAUCUUGGUUUUGUUCAGUGAUACGCCAAGACUGAUAUAUUUACGGCCUUGACUCGAUGGGAUAUACUAUUGCAGCUCAAAUAUACAUAUCCGUGGU